CUUAAUUACAGAGCAGCCCAUUCCAAAUGAUGGCAGCCAUUUUUAAGAGCUCGGGAGUGGAAUGCACGUUUUCUCUCGCACCUCAUCCCAACAAAACUUGGAGAAGAAAUAACAUCGUCGGGUGUAACGCUGCGGCAAAGCAUAGCCAAAGGGAAAAUGAAGUGGUUUUCCGGCGACGGCAAAUGCUUCUGGCCUCCACUUCCGUCCGCAUGCCCGCACCGCUUGUAAUGCCGAGCAAUGAGGCCUCAAAUUUGACGGAUUUACAUAAAUUGCAGGCUGCACAGAAGCUCAAGUUCAACUAUUCCUCCAACGUUGAUGUGGCUUCGCUGUUUUCUUCGUCUAAUUCCUGCAAAGGAACCCCCGGGGAGUUUUCCGGCAUGGUUUCCGUGCCCUCUCAACAUUACUGCCUUGGAAAUUAUGACUUUGUUCAAGCAAAAGUCACGAUGCCUGGAUUUGGAAGGAAAUCUCGGGCGGAUCUGGUAAUAGAAGGGAUAAAGGUGGAGAGGGAGAAGCCAUUAUGUUUUGAUGUGUAUAUCAGACCGGCGUGCAGAGAAGAGGAUGAUGAAUAUGCAGGAUCUUUUAUUCACAUUCCUCCUCGCCAAAACCGGAACAAGGGCAUCUGCCGGUGCAGUUUGAGGUUAGAAAUAAGCGACAUACUCCAUGAUUUUGAUUUUAAUUAUUCAGAGCAUCACACCAGUGUUAUUGUUACGCUUGUGCCCAAAUUCAACACCGAUCAACUUCCCAUUGCUGCAGAAAAUAUCUGUAUACAAAAAGCUUGAUUCCAUCAAGGCUAAUCUGUAUAAAUCUGAGUACAAUAGAAAAAAAAAGUAUAGAGCCGUUUUACACAAA